AUGGGAUCGGCUCGACUAUUCGAGCUCGGCUCCGUGGUUCAACCAGCCGAUGUUACGUGGAAAAUGUUUGCCAUACGAAACGUAAAAGAUUGCUUCAAUGGGGAGCUUGUGGAUAAAGUCAUGCGGUCGCUGAAAAGCCUUGUUCAACUUGGUCUUGGGUUCUUCUGCGCCCUAAAUGGAAUUGUGGAUUUUUACAUGGAUAUUAGGUCAGGAAGACUACGUAGGUCUCGUUUCCUUGCCUCCUACAGGAUAGUGCACAAUUUUUUGGUUUUCGUCCUGACGACCAAGUUCCUACUGGACUUUUCGGAAAUGUUUGCUGACACAAAAAAAUCCGUGGUGAUAUUGAUUAACUUUUACACCUACUUCACCGUGGUGUGAAAUGGAAUUUUUGUGGUUCUCCUGAAGCUUCAGCAGCAAAAGGAGCUAAGCAGCCAAAUGGGAUAUAGAUGGCCGAAGGGAAAACAGCGCUACCUGAAUUGCCUGCUCUACUUAAUAACCUCACUUCUGAUCCUUCGCCUCAGCGUCCAUGUGCUUAGGUUUACUUUUAGCACCAGGAUGGGGUUCAACCAUGCCUGCAACUGCUUUCUGUCCGAGUGCAUGAUAUUUGCGAUAAAUUACCUGAUAUUUGCCAUCCUGUCGGAGAUAUGCGAGUGCUGGUGGCGAUUGGAGACCGGCCUGAAGAUGGUACUCCUGGAUCCAAAACCUAGAUCUGUUACCUACCAGUUAGGUCAGAUUCAACGGCUGCACACCAUGUUCCAGUGCCUAAUCGAUGUAACCUCGGAGGUGUGCUCCAUAUUCAACUUCGUCUUUCUGUGCUGCUUGGUUCGAAAUCUUUGGAGUGGCAUUGUGGCAGGAUACAUGCUGGUACGCGUAAUUCUCGGACAUGGACACGCGGACAGAGAGUUCAUGUACAUUUUGCUGGCCUUGAUUACGUGUAUCCAACCCCUGUUGUUAUCAUUCCUCGUGAGUUGCUUGACCCACACAACCGAAUCACUACUCGAGGCCGCCAAGGAUAUUUUAAGGACACCUCACAAACAAAGCACUGAGGUGGAGAGAAGUAUCGAAUGGUUGUCACUGCAAUUGGCCAGGCAGCAUACUUACAUCGCUAUUUUUGGAACGUUUCGCAUGAAUCGCUCGUUGGCCUUUAAAAGCACAUCGGUAAUCCUGGUCCACGUGCUCAAUUUCGAUGACCAAGUGAUGUUUCAAUCAACUAUAUUCAAUUUUUACAAUUAAAUAUGUCAAGCUUUAAAGCACUAUAAUAGUGCAGGCCCUAUUCAAUUUUUCCAAAAUAAUAGAGUAAUGUAAAUUAUAAUAUCCCCAAGGUAAAUUUCCCCUGUCAAUGGAAACGCAAGUAGUUAGUUUUGAAAGUAUCAUUUUGCUCUUGUCUUUUCUGUUUUUAUUUUAUUAUAGAAUUUUUAUUUUGUUUAGCUUAUUUCAUACAAUUAGUUGUUUACGUUUUUUUUUCAUUCUGAUUUCGAUUUAUUGUUUAAAAUCAACAUUCAUAAACACGUCCAUUGAAAUGAUUUUUAGAGUUCUUUCUUGCUUUCUUUGUUGUAUAUUUUCAUUCGCUUAAAAUAGUUUUGAAAAUGAUUUAUUUUGUGGGAUUUUUUUAUAGCGUGAGUGGUGUUAGAGUAAAUGCUUCAGUGUGAUGAAGGUGAUGGAUCCUUAGGCUUACGUACAUAUGCGGAGCAGUGUUUUAUGGACAGACACCUAGUACAAAAUGUGCACAUCCUAUCCGACACGCUGCGAUUUAAUGGGUAAUGGCUGAUCUGGAGUCGCAAUUAACAGGGGACAUUGAUGCAGGACAUGAAGCAUAAAAAGCCAACCAAGCAACAAGUACUUAAGUAUCCCUAUUUUCCUAGCUGCUGUGAUCUGUAGCUUCGAUCUGUACAUUGAGUGUAAAUAUACAAAUAUGCCGUUUGCCUGUAUAUAAAGACGCAAAAUAUAUAUAUUUAUGAUCUGUAGUUUGUGUGUUCGUGUUCCCCUCGCUUCGUACUUCCUUCCUCUAUUUUUUGUAUGUCUAAAAUUGUUCGCGCGUAAAACGUUUUCCAUUAGUUUCGAUUGCAUUUGCUGCACAAUUUGCUUUGCAAAAAAUAUAGUCGCCCAUGCGCGCUCUCUAUCUCUUUCAGUUUUGUAGGUACUCGAUUCUCACCAAUGUUCAAUUGAAGUGUUAAACAUCUCUGCUGCUCUGUAUUACGGAUAUUCGUUAUGUUUCGGGGGUCAUGGGGUCAAGGGUCAUCGGGGAUCACUAGUGAUUGGAUUUCGGUUGCUGGGUCCUCGAGUUUAGCUGCUAUUACGAUUACGUUAGUUUCGGUCGGUGUGGACUAAGCUUUUCAC